GAAAAUAAAAAAAUAUUUAAAAAAUGGGUUUUUGGAUAAAUGUUUUGAUGGUAAUAAGUGGAUCAAUUUUAUUAUAUUUUAUAAAAUAAUAUUUUAACGGAGGAGUAUGUACAAUCCGAAAAGAAAUAUCAAACAAAGUAGUAAUUAUAACAGGAGCAUCUUCUGGAAUAGGGUUAGAGACAGCCCGAUAUUUAGCAGCAAUGGGCGCGACAAUAAUAUUUGCAUGUAGAAACAGAGAUAAGACAUUAUAUUUAAUAGAUGAAAUAAAAAAAGAGACAAAUAAUGAAAAAUUGGAAUAUAUUCCUUUAGAUUUAACUAGUAUAGAAUAAAUAAAUUAUUUUUGUUUGCUAUUUAAAAAGCGUUUUAAUUAAUUAGAUAUAUUAAUAAAUAAUGCAGGAAUAAUGUGUAGUAAAUAUAUGUAAAGUUAAGAUGGAUUAGAAUUAACUUAUUCUGUUAAUUUUUUGGGACAUUUUACUUUGACUUAUUAAUUAUUAGAUUUAAUUAGGAAAAAUUCACGUUGUAGAAUUAUUAAUGUAUCAUCUGUUGCGCAUUCAAAAUGUGAUGAAUUAGAUAUUUCAAGAAUUAAUGAUAUUGAUUAUUUUGAUUCAUUUUAGGCAUAUUGGAGAUCUAAACUUGCCAUUAUUUUAUUUACGAAAGAGCUAUAAAGAAAACUUGAAGGAUUAGGGCCUAAAUGUGUUUGUGUUCAUCCUGGACUUAGCCGAACUGAUUUAGUUGAUGAAUUAUUAAGCGAAAAACUAUGGCUUAAAAUUGUUAUGUAUUUGCUUUAUCCUUUAUAUUGGCUUGUUACUAAAGAUUCUUGGCAGGGAGCUUAAACUGCUAUCUAUUGUGCUUUGGAAAAACAUGAUAAGUUAAUGUCAGGAGGAUAUUAUGUUGAUUGCGAAUUGUCUAAAUCUUCUUAAUUAUCAGAAAAUAAAUUAUUGGCAUAAGAAUUGUGGGAUGAUAGUGCUGUGGUUUUAGGGUAUAUAUGAUAUGUUUUAUUUUAUCGUAUAUUUAUGUAUUUUUUUCUGUUUAAUUUUUUCUUGUUUAAUGUUUUAUAUAAAUAAUUAAACAUUGUUAAGGAAUAAAUAU